AUGGCAAAUAAGUAUAAAGUCUGUGUUCUCGGAUCCGGUGCUUUUGGAACUGCUAUGGCUCAUUGUGCCAUCAAUAAUCCUUACAUAGGAAGAGUUCAAAUCUAUGCUAGAAACCAAACCAUUGUAGAGUCCAUCAAUCGAGAACACAAGAAUCCAAAGUUUCUUAGUAACUUCGCAUUGCAUCCUGAUAUCACUGCCACUACUGAUCUUUAACAAGCCCUCCACCGUAUGUCUCUCCAACUACUACUCAAGAGGCCAAUUAUGUGCUUAGUUGCAUUCCAACCCAAGAGAUCCACCAAUUUGUUUUGGCCAACAAACAGUACAUUGAUACCAAGGUUCCUUUCGUUUCCUGUUCUAAAGGCAUAAUCUUGAAAUCUGGAAAAUUGAUCUCAUAAAUGUUGAAUGAAGAAUUUGAUGGAAAAUUGAGAUACGCCUGUCUUAGUGGUCCCUCUUUUGCUGCAGAACUUAUGUAAAAUAGUAAAUCCUUUUACUCAUAACUUAGAUCCAUCAUGUGUUGUUGUAGCUAGUCAGGAUACUAAAACCUCUAAAUUAGUAUAAUUAGGAUUAUCAGGAAAUUUCUUAAGAAUUUUCACUUAAAGUGAUGUGGUGGGUGUUGAAUUAGCUGGAGCAUUGAAAAAUUUGGUGGCAAUUGGCACAGGCGUAUUAGAUGGUGCUGGUUUUGGAAUCAAUACUUAAACAGCCUAUGUCACCAGAAGUGUUGGAGAAAUGUAGAGAUUUGCUAGAAUUUAUGGAGCCUCAAAACAUACCUUCUAUGGUCUUGCUGGAUUUGGUGACCUUAUGUUAACAAGUUAUAAACAUUAUAAUAUUGUAGGUUUUGGAUCAUUAAGUAGAAAUAGAGCUUUUGGAAUUAAAGUAGGAAAAGGAGAAAAAGUGGAAGAUAUCUUAAAAGAAUCAAAAGGAGUUGUGGAAGGAUGGCCUACUUUAGAAUUAGUUUAUAAGCAGGCUCAAGAAAAUAAUAUUGAAAUGCCUAUGACACUCAUUUUGCAUGACUUUAUUAAAAGAAAAUAUUCUAAAGAGUAGAGUAUCCAAAUGUUGAUGAAUAGAGCAUUUUAAGAUGAAUUUGAACCAACAUUUGAGGAUUUAUUAUGAUU